UGGUAGCGAAAAGGAUUGGAUUAAUAUGCUACCACUGCCGCCCAACGUAAUGAAUUUGAAGAGUACAAAGUCGGUUGUACCGGAAAGGACAAUUGUCAAACAAGUCCCUAAGCAGGAGAAUAACCAACCAUAUUUAGGACGUGCUACCUGCGAUCAUACUAAUGAAACAGUUGCUCCGAGGACAAAUGGUGGUAGCGAGAAGGAUUGGAUUAAUAUGCUAUCACUGCCGCCCAACGUCAUGAAUUUGAGUAGUAACAUUCCAGAGCCAGAUUUGAGCACUUUUGCCGCUCGUGGUAGUCUGAUAAUGCUGUAUGUUUUGAACGUAUUCAACCCUAACCGCAUAUGGGUGCGAUGUUCGUUUCAUAUGGCAAUGUUUAAGAAAUUGCAGGAAGAAUUGGAUCAGGAGUAUAAUACUUCACAACACUAUGACCGAUCAUCCUAUUUGACUAAGGAUACAGCUCAGCGUGGAUUGUAUUGUGCAGCUCAGUGGGAAGGUUCAUGGUACCGGGCCAAAAUCGUUGGCCCACUCAUGGGGGAGAGUGUGAAGCUGAAUUUGAUCGAUCUAGGACGGAUUGAAACGGUAAAUAUCAGCGAGCUUAGAUAUUUGGCAUCCAUUUUUAGCAAGCCCGAAGUGCUGGUAGUUCGGGCAUCGCUGGCGUACCUAGUUCCACGGAAGCACUUUUGGCGCAGAGCAGACUCCGAUCAUUUGCAAAAGAUGCUACUUAAAUCUGAGCUGUUUUGUGCAACCAUAGUUAACUUCGAUGAGAUGAACAAUGCUAUAGAAAUAGUUCUCAAAGAUGGAAAAUUGACACAUGUGAAUCAAGCUUUCGCGUCGGACGUGCAAGCAACAUGGAUUGGAAAGGAUCCAUUGCCAGACGAUCAUGAUGCCUACAGAAGUCGGCCACAAUUAAACAAAACUACCUUCAAUGAACGAUAUCCAACAUUCUACUGUAUCGAGAUCGGGCACCUACCUACGAUGGAUGAAAUAAGACGGGCACUGGCGCGUAAUUUCGAUUUUGAGGAGUUUUACACAAAAAUCCCUCACAACCCGCAGGUCAAUAUUCCGCAGCAGUUCAAGUUGACACAUGAACGAAUUGCAGAAAUUCUGAAUUCGGCCAACAAGAAUAAAAAACAAGCAGUCCAGCGCGACGAAGGACGAACCAAUCCUUUUCCGCCGGCAGCACAGCAUCAUUCCCUCCCAUAGUUUGCGGAUACUUACGCUGACCAGGCUGUUGUACGAGUCAUCGACCAGCUUGAUGUCAUCGACGGCGAUUCUGGUGAUGCAGUUGUAACGGUACUCCUCUAUGCUGACCAGACCGUCGUUGUUGAUGUCCAUCAUCUUGUAGUGGGCCUCAAUGAAAGCCUUCAUGGCCUGUGCAGCGAACCAGCGAGUGAAAGAUAGCAAAGCCGUAUUAGUUUAUGCAUCACACUCACCACAUCUCGUGAGGUUUUGUCUCGUAACGACGCCGAAGAGAUAAUUAGGAGAUAGACACAGACUCAAGCAUGCGAGGUUUCGUUUACGACAAUCCGUUUCCAUGCCGGGUGGAAUUCCGAAGGAACUGCUAUUGCUUUUCUAUUAAGUGCUAGGAUGAAUAUCUCAUAACGUCUGAUCGAUAUUUAUCACUCUUUCUCUUUGACGCCACUCGGUGGUACAUAAAAAGUGUUAAUUUUUUUUUGUUCCUACUAUUCUUAUUGCGCAGUGAAAUCCUUUUUUAGUAUUAAUUCUUGUGUGACAAAUAUUGACCAAAUUUUCUGCUGGCAAGAUACCAAUUAUGAAAAACUACCAUUAACAAUUAUUGCAUAGCAAAUGCUCGAAUUAAAUAAUUUUCCUAUUUUUUUCUUAUUAGUAUAAUGAUAAGGAUCUUUCAUCAUCAUAAGCAUUAGUUACAAUGCUUUUAAUUAUUUCUUCUUUAAUGGAGAAAACGAAAUAAAUGGAAUAAGUGUAAAUCGA